CGGCUGAGUGGCCACCGUGCACAGACUCACAACGGUCUCUCUCUCGCUCACCCUCGGCCCCGUCAACUCAGUAAACUCGACGCGACUCAACUCACUGAGUCACUCCUUCUCUUUCCCUUUCUCUCUUACACCAAACCCUUUUCCUCCCUCUCUUCUCUGCGCUUCUCUCUCUCCUUCUGUGUAUGCCCUUUUUGGUCUUUUCGUUUGUACCACCAAUCAGACGGCCCAUACCACGCCACGUCACCAUCGUCUUCUUCAGCCUCUCCUCUCCUCAUCUCUCUCCAUCUCUCGGAUUAUAUUUAUAUAUUUAACCGCCUUACCGCUAGGGUUUCUCAGAUUCAUCCAGCUCGCAUCAUUUUAUUUCUCUUUCUCGAACGCGGAUUCUUGUUGCAUCUUCUCAAUUCCUGAUCCUUUUGGAACGGCGUGGUGUCAAUUUCAAGCGAAUGAGGGUUUGGAUUCCGUUCUGUCUAAUAACGAUUGGUAAUAUUUCAAUUUUGCCAAUUGAAGAGGUUUAACCUCGGUAGUCUGUGAUUUGCUCCGCGUUUGGUUUAUGUGACAUGGCGAUUGAGAAGAACAACUUCAAGGUUUCGAGGUUUGAUUCGGAGUUUUCCCCUGGUAGUAGGGAGAGUAUGUCCAGUGAUGAGGAUGAGCUUCAACGCCGGAGCUCGGCAGUUGAUUCUGACGACGACGAUGAAUUUGACGAUGCAGACUCCGGAGCAGGUUCUGAUGACUUUGAUUUGCUUGAAUUGGGAGAAACAGGGGCUGAGUUCUGCCAAGUUGGAAAUAUAACUUGCAGUGUUCCUUUCGAGUUGUACGAUCUUCCUGGGUUGGGGGAUAUAUUGUCUGUGGAUGUGUGGAAUGAGUGCUUGAGUGAGGAGGAGCGUUUUAGCCUGACUAAGUAUCUGCCUGACAUGGAGCAGGAUACAUUUAUGCGUACCUUGAAAGAGCUUUUUGAAGGUAAUAAUUUCCAUUUUGACAGUCCCAUUAAGAAGCUGUUUGAUAUGUUGAAGGGCGGUCUAUGUGAGCCGAGAGUUGCACUGUAUCGUGAGGGUUUGAAUUUCUUUCAGAGGAAGCAGCACUAUCAUCUUCUGAGGAAGCAUCAAAAUGAUGCGGUUAGUAACUUUUGUCAAAUAAGGGAUGCUUGGAUGAGUUGUAGAGGAUAUAGCAUACAAGAGAAACUCAGGGUGUUGAAUAUUAUGAAGAAUCAAAAGAGUCUAAUGAAUGAGAAGAUGGAAGAUUUUGAGAUUGACUCAUCAGAGGGGGAGGAAUCAAUUGAUGGGAUGUGGAGCAGGAGGAAUAAGGACAGGAAAUCUGCAAAGAAAUCUGGCCGCUAUUCUGCCUAUGGGGUGGAUUCAAAUUUAGAAUUUGCUUCCCAAGGACAGUCAAUGGCUUUGGAAACGGCAAGAUACAUGAAACAGAAUCCAAAAGGUAUACUGAAGACAGCUGGGUCGAAAAUACCGUCAGCGAAGGAUUUUGUGGGCCAUGUUCCUUUAGCCUUCACAGGAUUGGAUAUGGAUAGUGGGCCAUAUAGCUCAUCGGUACCUCAUCCCCGACAGAAAUAUGAUUCAGGGCCUGCCCUUCGGAUGAGAGAUCGAAUGAGAACUGAUGAUGAUGUUGAAAACCCAUUGUUUGGAAUGGGCGUCAAACGCAAUGCUGUGCGUGGUGCUGCAGAAAAACAUAGAGGUUUGAGGGUGGGAAAGAAGCAUGAAUUUUUUAGAGAUGAGGAAUUAGCUUCUGACAGUCUCGUGGGUUUGCCAGUAUCUUCAAAAAAUGAUUCAAAGGCCCGCGGCAGAAACAGAAAUACAAAUCUGUUACCAGAGGUGAAGAUGUAUGGUACAAAGGCAACUAAUCUGAGAACCAUGUAUGAUGUUGUCAAAAAGGGUAAGUAUCCUGAAAAUGUUCAGAAAUUUGGAGUUGGGGAUCCAAUGAAAACUCUGAGAGGGCGUGGUCUUCAGCCACCUGUCAGAGGAAGUCUAGUUGAUUUAUCAGAUCGUAGUGAACUGUAUCGGCAUGGCAAGAUCCCUGGAGAUGCUUUCUCCAUGGAUUCAUCUUUCAAACCUGAAGAUUGGAAUAAUAGAAGCAAGAAAUGGAAGUCAGGAAGGGAGUCCCCCGAUCUCAGUUUUAAAUCUUAUAAAGCGUCUUCCCCACAGAUGAGUGAUAGGUUCUUGAAUACCGAGUUCAGAGUGAAAUCAUCACAGGAAAAUAUCAGAGGGAACUUUGUGCAAAAUGGAGGACCAGAUAUGACUGCAUCAAAAGGUAGUAGGAUUUUUCGAAAAGGUGAAGAUACAGAAUCUGACUCAUCCGAGCAAUAUGAUGAUGAGGAUAGCAAGCCUUCGGCAAUGAGCAAAUUUUCUUACCCUAGUGGUGGGACUGAUGGUUCUCGAUUUCCUUUAUUGAAGUCAGGCCGAGAUGCUAAAAAAGCCAGAUCUGUUAAGAAAGAUAUGCAGGAGAAUGAAUGGGGCAUGGAUGAAAUAAUGUACUCCAAAAAGAUGGGAAAAUUUGCUGAAAAUGCAUAUAUCCCAGGAAUUGAAAGCUAUGCUGUGAAAGCAAAGAAAGGUAAGAUGCGUGACAGCAGUCCCUUGCAUGACUUGGCUGCUAGAAUAGUGGAUGAUGGCUCUCUCUCAGGCAUGGGUAACUUUGAGGAAGAUGAUAGGAGACAAAGUUAUAAAUCAGGAAAGAAUGGACAAUUACGAGGAGAACCUGGUGAAAGACUCCAGAGGUCCUUAGCAAAGUCUGUUCAGAGAAAGCAGAAAGGUGUUGAAAAGGAGGAUGAUUCACUUGAAACACGUCUAAUGGCAGAAGAUAGCAGUCUGAGUAAACUGGGAAGAAAGGCUCAGAGAAUUGAAGCAAUUGCGAAUGACCUUCGUGAAAAAUCUGAGGCGUCUUUACUCGGUUGCAACUCAGUGACAAAGAAAAGGAAAGCCAAGGAUGACAUGAGAGAAGUGGAAGGAAGAGAGGAAGAUAGUAAUCUGAAAUCCAUCCUGCAGCAGCAAAUUGGAGAUUCUACUUCCACAAAGAAGAAGGGAAAGAAGAAAGUGGAGGCCAGUGCUGUUUCUCCUAAAAAUGAAACUUCUGAGCCACCAGCAGCAGAAAUGGGCACAAUAGAUAUGGAGAUUGAAACCAAGCCCCAAAAAAACCCUUUUACAUUGAUUACACCAACUGUACAUACUGGUUUCUCAUUCUCCAUUAUACAUCUUCUCUCAGCUGUUCGAAUGGCAAUGAUUAGUACACUUCCAGAAGAUUCACUAGAGAUUGGUAAACCUAGAGAAGAGCAUAAUAGAAAACAUGAAGGUGGAAUAAAUGGGGUUGCCUCUGCUGACAAUAUCGAUGCCAAUAACUCAGACCAUGCAGGGCAAGUGAAUUUGCCAUCUCUCACUAUUCAGGAGAUUGUUAAUCGUGUUAGAUCAAAUCCUGGAGAUCCUUGCAUUCUUGAGGCGCAAGAACCACUUCUAGAUUUAGUAAGAGGAGUUCUAAAGAUAUUUUCAUCAAAAACAGCACCUUUAGGGGCAAAAGGUUGGAAGGCACUUGUCAUAUACGAGAAAUCUACAAAAUGUUGGUCUUGGAUCGGUCCCGUUUCUCAUAUUUCAAGUGAUCAUGAGACCAUUGAAGAGGUGACAUCUCCUGAAGCUUGGAUUCUUCCUCAUAAGAUGCUUGUAAAGUUGGUUGAUUCAUUUGCAAAUUGGCUAAAGAGUGGCCAGGAAACUCUUCAGCAGAUAGGAAGUCUUCCUGCACCACCGAUAUCAUUGAUGCAAUGCAACCUAGACGAGAAAGAAAGGUUCAGAGAUCUAAGAGCUCAAAAGAGCCUCAACACUAUAAGCCCAAGUUCUGAAGAAGUGAGAGAUUAUUUUCGUAAGGAGGAAGUUCUUAGAUAUUCAAUUCCUGACAGGGCCUUUUGUUACACUGCUGCCGAUGGUAAAAAAUCUAUUGUUGCUCCCUUGAGAAGAUGUGGUGGGAAGCCAACUUCAAAAGCUCGAGACCAUUUCAUGCUGAAACGCAAUCGACCACCCCAUGUUACCAUUCUUUGUCUUGUGAGAGAUGCGGCCGCUAGAUUGCCAGGAAGCAUUGGCACUAGAGCAGAUGUUUGUACUUUAAUUCGAGAUUCACAGUAUAUUGUUGAGGAAGUGUCAGAUGCACAGGUUAAUCAAGUUGUGAGUGGAGCCUUAGACCGUUUGCAUUAUGAACGGGAUCCUUGUGUACAGUUUGAUGGGGAAAGGAAAUUAUGGGUUUACUUACAUAGAGAAAGAGAAGAAGAAGAUUUUGAGGAUGAUGGUACUUCGUCUACGAAGAAAUGGAAGAGGCAGAAAAAAGACGCUGCAGAACAAUCAGAGCAAGGAGCAGUAACUGUGGCUUUUCACGGGACUGUGGAUGAAUCCAGAUUUGAUUUGGGCUCGGAUCUCAAUGCUGAGCCAGCAUGCAUCGAUGACGAUAAAAGAGCAGAGCUUUUAUAUAAUGAUGUGAGACAAAAUGCAGAGGAGAAUGUUGACAGCAGCCAUGGUUCUGAACAAGGGAUUACACAUGAGGAUCAGCCAAUGGCCUGGGAUUCUAUUGGCUUAAAUCCUGCGCGGGAGAAUAAAUUGCUAUGUCAAGAAAACUCUACAAAUGAAGAU